GUCCCCGAGAUGAAUACUACCACUCGAUACGCGAUUCUCGUCCUCGUGGUGGUCCUGGGACUGCAUUCAAUACUCAGCUUCACCCAUGAAAGCUAUGGCCGAGCAACAUCCCUCUCGAACAUUUCCUCUAAGUUAUCAUUCAAUGGAUCUCUCGAUGAACCGGACCUGGAUGUCGAUAUAUUAGAACCCAGAGCAAACGCAACGCUCUUAAUGCUAGCACGAAACAGCGAGACUGACACUGCUGUCAGAAGCGUGCGCGAGCUCGAGGACCGCUUCAACCACAAACAUCACUACCCCUGGGUGUUCCUCAACGAGCAGCCGUUCUCGGACGACUUCAAGACACGCGUGUCCAAUGUUGUGUCUGGAUCCGUCGAGUUUGGCUUGAUUCCCCAUGACCACUGGCACCAGCCUGACUGGAUUGACGAGGAGAAAGCGAGCCAAGCUCGGCAGAAGAUGGUCCAAGAAAAUACCAUCUACGGAGGCAGUGUUUCGUAUCGCAAUAUGUGUCGCUUCAACUCCGGAUUCUUCUACAAGCAUCCCAUCGUCCAGAAGUACAAGUGGUACUGGCGUGUCGAGCCAGACGUACAUUUCCACUGCGAUAUCGACGAAGACCCAUUCCUCUUCAUGGAGAACAACGACAAACUGUAUGGCUUCACCAUCUCAACCUAUGAGUUCCACUCUACGAUCCCCACGCUUUGGGACACCGUCAAGAAGUUCAUCGCCGAGAACCCGCAAUACGUCGCAAAGGACAACGCGAUGGGGUACUUAUCGGAUGACGGCGGAAACUCGUAUAAUAUGUGUCACUUCUGGAGCAACUUCGAGAUCGCAAACAUGGACCUCUGGCGCGGAGAAGCGUACACGAAAUACUUCGAGUACCUCGACUCCACUGGUGGCUUCUAUUAUGAGCGGUGGGGGGACGCCCCGGUGCACAGCAUCGCUGCGGCGCUCUUUGCGCGCAAAGACCAAAUCUAUUUCUUUGAGCAGAUCGGGUAUGAGCACAACCCCAACACACAUUGUCCGAAGGUCGCCGGCCUUUGGAGCGGAAAGAAUUGCUCGUGCAACCCCGCGAAUAACUUCGAUUACAGUAUCUAUUCUUGCAUGCCCCAGUGGGAACGCAUACAGUAAACAAGAUCUCUUUCCACUUGCACUGGCAGGCCUCACAUUCGGAUUAUCUAUCGGCUGGUUGUUGCAGGACGUCGAUAAUUGGUUCUUGAGUAUGAUAACAAUAACCCGUACUAGACUGUACUAUUAAGUUAUCUAUCCGGAUCCGCUUGCAGCAACUAAUGUACCCUUCAUUGUAGUCACGAACUCUUUAUCUAGCAGAUUUAUCAUAGC